AUGGCAGCUCAUAGACAGUCUCACGUAGGAAACGGACGAGGGCAACAAGGAGGUGAGACGACGACCACUCGAUAUGUGGAAGUGUGUCGUUUGCAACAAGCUCUCAUUGAUGGCCUCAAGUCUGCCACUCGAAAAGGGGAGGUAUUCCUUAUGAGCCUCAUUGGAAGUGCUUUAGGCGGGCUCGCUAGAACGAGGGUCAUCGAAGACACCGAGUUGGAUCCUAAUAACGCUUUGGCGGAGGACCAAGAGGUCGCUGUGCUGCUGUGCGAAGCGGUCUAUAUUUUCGAACGCGAUUGCGCUCAAACCCAUUCACCAGAUCCCGUGAUGACAAGGAUCUGGAACAAGACCCGAGGUGAAGAUUUGGCAGAGAUUGUGAUUAAAAGCGGACUCAAUUAUCUCGUUAACCCUCGUUCGUUCGGAGUGCGGCAUUUGGGCCAGACACCGUACCGGUACUUUCAUUCGCAUUUGAAGGAAGCUCUUAGUGAGAAGGCAAAGGUCAGGCUUCAACAUGGGGAUAUUAGGGCGGAGGCAAUCGCUUGGCAGAGUGGUGCCCGUGCAUGA